AAACAAAUGAAAGAGUGAAAUGAAGGGAAGAUCUUACCUAUAUAUUCUCUCCCUUAUAUACUCCUCUCACUAUCUCUAGUGUAUCUGCUGGCCGUUUCUGCUUCCAUCUUCUCGAAACGUCUUCUCUGCUCUAUCAUCUUCUUCUUCCUCUCUAAGCUUAGCGAAAGAUGGCCGAUGGUGAGGACAUUCAACCCCUUGUGUGUGACAAUGGAACUGGAAUGGUGAAGGCUGGGUUUGCAGGUGACGAUGCCCCCAGGGCUGUGUUCCCUAGUAUCGUUGGUCGUCCCAGACACACUGGUGUCAUGGUUGGGAUGGGUCAGAAAGAUGCUUACGUUGGUGACGAAGCUCAGUCCAAGAGAGGUAUUCUCACUCUCAAGUAUCCGAUCGAGCACGGUAUCGUGAGCAACUGGGAUGACAUGGAGAAGAUCUGGCAUCACACUUUCUACAACGAGCUCCGUGUUGCCCCUGAAGAGCACCCGGUUCUUCUCACCGAGGCGCCUCUUAACCCUAAAGCUAACAGGGAGAAGAUGACUCAGAUCAUGUUCGAGACUUUCAAUGUCCCUGCCAUGUAUGUUGCUAUCCAGGCCGUUCUUUCUCUCUACGCUAGUGGGCGUACUACUGGUAUUGUGCUCGACUCUGGUGAUGGUGUGUCUCACACCGUGCCAAUCUACGAGGGUUAUGCUCUUCCUCACGCUAUCCUCCGUCUGGAUCUCGCGGGUAGGGAUCUCACUGAUUCUCUGAUGAAGAUUCUCACGGAGAGAGGUUACAUGUUCACCACCACCGCCGAGCGAGAAAUUGUCCGUGACAUUAAAGAGAAACUUGCUUACGUGGCUCUCGACUACGAGCAAGAGCUUGAGACAGCCAAGAGCAGUUCUUCGGUGGAGAAGAACUACGAGCUACCUGAUGGACAAGUCAUCACCAUUGGAGCUGAAAGAUUCCGUUGCCCUGAAGUACUCUUCCAGCCGUCGCUUGUCGGGAUGGAAGCCCCUGGGAUCCAUGAGACAACUUACAACUCCAUCAUGAAGUGCGAUGUGGAUAUCAGGAAGGAUCUGUAUGGAAACAUCGUGCUCAGUGGUGGUUCGACCAUGUUCCCAGGAAUCGCUGACCGUAUGAGCAAGGAGAUCACCGCACUGGCACCAAGCAGCAUGAAGAUCAAGGUGGUGGCACCGCCUGAGAGGAAAUACAGUGUCUGGAUUGGAGGAUCUAUCCUUGCAUCCCUCAGCACUUUCCAACAGAUGUGGAUCUCGAAGGGAGAGUACGAUGAGUCGGGUCCAUCCAUUGUCCACAGGAAAUGCUUCUAAGGUGUUUCUUCUCUUGUUCCUGGUGGUAUGAGUUUGGUACGAUCUCCCCUUGUUGAGAUGGGACUCAAAUUAUAUGUUGUUAUUGUGGUUGUUUCUUUUUAUUUUUUUUGGUCUCUUUAGAACCUUUUGGAUGUUUCUCGAGUCUUUCUAUGUACUUUAGUUUUAUCUUUGUUUCUUAUUUUCUCUUUAAGGAUGCUUGUGAUGAUGCUCUGGUCCUUACUAAGCAAAAAAAAAAGAAGUCAUAUUAUAUUUGA